CUCAUCUCUCACUCCACAACUUCUCCAAUCUUCUUCCUCUAUUACUCUCUCAUGUUCUCUGCUUGUUGCCUUCUAUUCUUCAAACAACAUUCAUAAAUGGCUUUCAUGAGGCUUGGAUCAAAAUCUGAUGCAUUUUAUCAUGAGGGCCAAACAUGGAAUUGCACAACCGGACUUCCAAGUGAUGUUACUGUUAAAGUAGGCGAAACAUCAUUUUUUCUCCAUAAGUUCCCAUUGCUUUCUAGAAGUGGAUUGCUAAAGAAACUCAUUGCUGACUUAUCAAACGAUGAUGGAUCAAGUUGUGUUUUGCAACUUCAUGACGUGCCAGGUGGAGACAAGACAUUCGAGCUUGUGACCAAGUUUUGCUACGGUGUAAAAAUAGAAGUCACUGCAUCAAAUGUAGUUAGUCUAAGAUGUGCAUCAGAGUACCUACAAAUGAAUGAGAAUUAUGGUGAAGGGAACCUAAUUGCAAGGACUGAGGCAUUUUUCAAUGAAAUUUUCAGUAAUUGGUCAGACUCAAUAAAAGCUCUCCAAACAUGUGAGGAAGUGAAACCUUAUGCAGAAGAGCUACACAUUGUUUCAAGAUGCAUUGAUUCCUUGGCCAUGAAAGUAUGUUCUGAACCAAACAUGUUCAAUAAACACGUGGAAGGACAUGAUUGCUCUAAUAACUCAGCUCAAGACCCUGCCUUAUGGAAUGGAAUUUCUCCCGAGAGUAAAUCACCACCUCUAGGUGAUAAUUGGUGGUAUGAGGAUUUGUCUUUGUUAUGCUUACCCUUAUAUAAAAGACUUAUUUUAUCCAUUGAAGCAAAGGGUAUGAAACCUGAGAAUGUUGCUGGAUCCCUUAUAUAUUAUAUUAGGAGGUUUAUCCCCUUGAUGAAUAGGCAAGCAAGCUUCAAUGAUAAAAAUAGUGUCAACCAAGGAACAACCACUAACAGCACAAUUUCUGAAGCAGAUCAAAAGGCAUUGUUGGAAGAAAUUAUGGGCUUGCUUCCUAAUAAGAAAGGGGUCACACCCUCCAAGUAUCUACUUAGGUUGCUCCGAGCAGCCAUGAAACUACAUGCAAGUCCAUCAUGUAUAGAAAACUUGGAGAAAAGAAUAGGAUCACAACUUAACCAAGUUGAGCUUGUGGAUCUUCUCAUACCAAAUAUGGGGCACUCAGUUGAGACCCUUUAUGAUAUAGACUGCAUUCAGAGGAUUAUUGAUCAUUUUAUGUCUAUAUACCAGCCUGGAACUUCAUCAGCUUCUCCAUGCAUAACUGAAGAAGGGCCAUUGAUAGCUGGAACCAAUGCCCUUGCACCUAUGACAAUGGUGGCAAAUUUGGUAGAUGCAUAUCUGGCUGAGGUGGCUCUAGAUGUUAAUUUGAAGUUUCCUAAGUUUCAGGCCCUUGCUUCUGCAAUUCCAGAUUAUGCUAGGCCAUUGGAUGAUGAUUUAUAUCAUGCAAUAGAUGUAUACCUCAAGGCACAUCCUUGGCUCAUAGAUUCUGAAAGGGAACAAUUUUGUAGACUCAUGAACUGCCAAAAACUCUCAUUGGAAGCAAGCACUCAUGCAGCACAAAAUGAAAGAUUACCACUGCGAGUGAUUGUGCAGGUUCUCUUUUUUGAACAGCUUCGACUCCGCACAUCAAUUUCUAGUUGGUUAUAUGUUUCAGAGAAUCUUGAGAACUCACAAAACAAUAGUGGAAAUCUUGUCUUCCCAAGCAAUAAUGGAACUGGUCCACUAGACCCUAAACAAGGUACUGAAAACUUGAAGGACCUUGUUUCGGAGCUUGAAAAGGAAUGUUCAUGCAUAAGGAGUGAGCUUCAAAAGCUAGCUAAGACAAAGAAAAGUUGGAGCAUUUUGCCAAGAGUCUUUUGUAGAAAACAUUCGUAGUGUUUAAUCCAAUGUUAGAAUCAAAUGAUUGCAAUAUAAUCACACC